AUAACAACAACAACCACCACGGUUAUCGAUUGACAGUUGUGCGUAUUAUUUUAUAAUUUGGUGAACCAGUGUAUUGUGUGAUGUUGUUGGGCGGCAUGCCAGAGGACAGUGCACCAGCCGGCCUCCUAGUGCCCACCGUUAAGGCCACGAGGGCCACUGACUUUUCGAUUGCCGCGAUCAUGGCGAGGGGUGCGACGCCGCCGGACACCGAGUCGCUGAUCUCGCCGAGGGACAUCAACGCUGACGGCCCGUUGUCGCGUCUGAGCAGUCCGGAGAUGGACGUGCCCCUGGAAGACGACGACGUGGAGGUGGACGUGGAAGAGUGUUCGGACAGCGAAUCGGCGCGUCCGAAGGUCCCGAAGCUGAGCCAGUCGCCGCCGAUGUCCGACUGCGGCUCGGAGGCGGCCGACCUGGACCGCGACUCGCCCGACCUAAUCGCCGAUAAACCGUUACCGAAAACGAAAAAAAUCCUGUGCAACUGCGACGAACUGCUGAACGUCGACUGUCACCUGGAGACGAAGGAUCUGUGGGACAAGUUCCACGAUCUGGGCACCGAGAUGAUCAUCACGAAAACGGGACGGCGGAUGUUCCCGACGUUGAGGGUGUCGUUCACCGGCAUCAGGACGGAUCAGCGCUACGCGGUACUGCUGGACAUAGUGCCGGUGGACAACAAACGGUACCGCUACGCUUAUCACAGGUCCUCGUGGCUGGUGGCGGGCAAGGCCGAUCCUCCGGCACCGUGUCGCAUAUACGCGCAUCCCGACUCGCCGUUCUCCGGCGAACAGCUGCGCAAACAAGUGGUGAGCUUCGAGAAGGUGAAGCUGACGAACAACGAGAUGGACAAGAACGGACAGAUUGUGCUUAAUUCAAUGCACCGAUACCAACCCAGAAUACAUAUCGUCAAGUGGAGGGAAAAUUCGGGUCCGAUUACUGACUUGGAGCAGGAGCAGUACCGCACCUUCAUCUUCCCAGAAACUGUUUUCACGGCCGUCACGGCGUACCAAAAUCAGCUCAUCACCAAACUGAAAAUCGACUCGAAUCCAUUCGCCAAAGGCUUCAGGGACUCAUCCAGACUCACCGACUUCGACAGAGAGCCGAUGGACAGCCUCUUCAUGGACCAGCACUUCCUGCGCAACUCGCUGCGCCUCUACUCCGGCGACUCCCUGGACGCCGAGAACAACAACGCCGGCUCGUUCUUUUCGGCCGCCAUGGUGGAGAAGGCGCGCGCCCAGCUCCAGAUGUGGGGCAGGGCCGGGGCGGGCGCCUACCAUCCGAGCGAGCUGCACGCCUUCCUGCUGAACAGCUCGCCUAACCAGCAGGUCUACUUGGGGCAGAGGCCGUCGGUGCCGCUGGGUCUGCCCAGCCAGCUGUGGUCGCAGAGCGGGUCCUCGUGGCAGUCGCCGAUGCACGGCGGCCUGCCGCCCGGUCUGCUGGGGCCGCCGACGUCGCACCGGCCGCAGAUCACACCGCCCCCGUCGUCGACGCCUAGCUCGUCGGGCUCGCCGAGUCCGACGUCGGUCAGCGCGUCGUCGGACCUCAGGCUGCCGAAGGCGAUGUUCCCGUCGGCGAUGCACCGGUUCAGUCCCUACGCCAGCAGCCUGUCGAGGCAGGCGACCUCGUCGGUGAGUCCGCCGUCGCGACAGAGUCACUGAUGAUGAUGCGGCACCAGCCGAAACCAUUACCAAAGAGUCUUUAGUGGCUAAAGACGUUAAUUUUUCAAGUAUAUCCUUUGUAUAUAGAUUUCUAGAGUAACUUAUUUACCUGUAUAAAUUGGGACGUUUGGUAGUGAAACUUAUUUGAAAGUGUCUGAGUACUUAAAAAAAAAAAACAUUUUUUACGAGAGAAUUAGCAGUAUUAUUGUACAUAGUUCCAAUUUGGUGUAAUUUAUGUUCUCCCCUGUAGAGAGCUGAAACAUGUUCCUUUCAAUUUUGGUUCUGUGGUACUUGUUGACGUUGUUUUUGAUUCGAGGCCAAAUAUUACUUAAAUGCAUUCCGACGUUCGAUCAAAUAUGACGAGAUAUUAUGUACUUAUUUAUGUUGAUUUUUAUUUGUUAUAGUAGCAAGUGUGGCAGAACCAAAAUUUUAUUUUUAAAACUAAUAGUUUAAUGUAUAUGUAUAUUUUAUAAAUCUAUAUCCUCACUGUCAAUUAUUUAAUUAGUUUCUUUAUAAAUCACUAUGUUAAAAAGGAAUUGUUGUUGUGUACAUAUAAGUGGACUGUAAAAUAAUAAUAAAAAAAAUAAAACAUUA